GAACGCCACUGCCGACGGACCGACGGGGCUUUGCCAGACCUCGGGGCAUUGACAAGUCCCUAUAUAACGGGAACUGCCACCCAUUCUGAUGCCCUAGUGUUUCCAAGACUCGGCACCUAAUGGCUCUCGCUCACUCCCCGCAUCCUAAUCACCACCGCAUCUAACCAGGCCCCAAGCCGUCCGAGAAUAUCUCGUCUUGCCGGACUGCCCGAAGUUGCAUCGAUUCAACGUUCCGGACCUUCGAACCUAGUGGGAGCCAAGUGGGAGCCUCUGUUGGCCUUGACGCUGUAGAGUUCCCAAGCCCAUGUGCCCACGUAAUAGCGCCGUAGUGCCGUCGUCUCGUGAACCUGCGUGAGCCCGUGUGGGUCUGCGCGUGGCCGUCCUAGCUGACAUCUUAUAUGGUUCCUGUCCAGACUUGUCCCGGCCUAUGCACGGGGUCAAAUCCUAGCUUCCGUCAUAAUUCAAGACGACCCAGAGUCGGCGCGUCUGGUACUGGUGCAGCCUGGGUGUACCAAGGCUCCCGCAAGAGCAGAUAGUCUGGGAUAAGGUGGAUUGCUCAUCGCAUCCGGUUGAGAGGCUUCGCCGUCGGGUUGAGGCUGCGUGUUACUGUUCCCGGAGCUUCCUGUGCUCUUGCUCCAGUGGAGCCAACCGGCAGGGUCGUUUGCCGUGGCUUGUAUACAAAAAUUACUUGAUAUCAAACGUCAUCAAACUUCCUCUCUCUCACUUGCCUAAACAACUAUCAAGAUGGCAGACUCAAUGUGUGGCCCGUCAAACCCCCUGAAGCAUGUACAGGACCACCUGUCACGCGCUGGGCAGGACAUGAGGUUACGGAGUCAGCCAAGCCAGAGCUCAGAGACCUUUCGAUCCAUAGCGCAAGAAUCGAGCAUGGCCGCCGAGGACAGCUUCGCCGAGUUCCAGCGCCGCGGCGCGCAGCUGGACCACGUGCCCAUCCUCCUACCCGCCCACAUAGGCCCGGGGCCCCUCCAGGCCGCCUACAUGCAGCCCGCCGCCUUCCAGGCCGUCGCCGCCGCCGCCCAGCCCGCCAACUCGCUCCAGCAGCACUCGCAAGCGCCGUCGCGCCACGGAGCCUCGUGGGCCGCCGAGUACGCAGCCAUGGCGCCGCCCAGCAUGUCCAGGGGCGCCGAGAUGCCCGCGGCCGGCCCCUCCUUCCUGCCGCAGCCGACCCAGGGCCCGAUGCUCCACCGGCCGCCGCACCAGAUGCAGGCCCCAUCCUAUAUGAUGGGCAACUACGGCCGGCCCAUGUUCGCCGCCGCCCGCCCGGCACCCACCAUCGCCGCGGCCGCCGUCCCCGUCGACCCUCUCGCCGACGAGGCGGAGCGGGCCCGGUUCGAUGCCGCCUUCGCCCAGCUCGACCAGGAGUUCAGCUCGGCCGUGGACGAGUGGGACGCGGCGCACGGGCCCGACGCCCAGGCGGACGGGGUGGCGGCCGGCAUGGACGGGCUGAUGGACCGCCUGGCGGACCAGCGCCUCGAGGACGGGCCCCGGCCCCAGCCGCAGCAGCCACCCCAGCAGGACAGGGCGGCCGCCAGCGGCGACCCGGAGCUCCGCGCCGUGGCGGGCCAGGUGGCCGGCAUGCUCGGCAGCGCGCCGCUGUUUGAGAGGUCGCAGUUCGCGCAGCUCAUGCGCGGCAUCGAGGCCGGCACCAUCGUCGUCGACGCGGCCCAGACAAACUUUGUCGACGCCACCACCCUGGAGCCCGUGGCGGGCUCCGGCGCCGCCCAGGCCGGGGAGAAGCCGGACGGCGGCGGCAAUUGACGGUACCGGCGCGCCCAGCCGCGCGAGAUGACGGCGACGGCGACGGCGACGGCCCAGGCGUGGGGGCCGCCGAGUCCUGCCCAGCCGCCGCCGUCGCCGCCCGCCCAGCCCGCCUCCCCGCGAGAGCUUAGGGACUUUGCGGAGGAGGCCAUCGGCCGUGCCAAGCUCUUCCCUACCUCGUUUUAGUUUAUUCCUGAAAGCCCUCUGGAAUGAGGCGCUGCCGUGUACGAGUAGGUUGUUACUAGGUAGAUCUUAGCCUGUCGGAACAGGCUUCAGCUCGGCAAAUUUCUUUUAGAUGUAGCCUGCCAAUCUGGAUCUGGAAUACCCAUGAGAUUGAAGAUGACUGCCUGUUCUCCCCCCUGCAAACAUAUCAUUUUUCUCGUCAUGCACAAAAUACGAAGGACCCAUUCAAAAAUCUAAAGCC